UCGCUGUGUUUUGUAAACUGCCUUCGGUGGACAUGCAGCAACUUGGCAUGAUGCGAGGAAGCUGCUCGAGAAACACAGCGAUGGGGAAGUCGUAGCCGACCUCUUUAAAGAUGUUGAUUUAACGGUUUAAGGUUUCGCGUCGGUCGCCGAGCCUGUAAGCCCUGUUAGCCAAAAGUCGACACGCUGGAGCGCGGUGAAGAAAGACAGCUCCGUUUGUUCGUGAUACAGCCUGAGGGUCUGUGAAGGAGAGGGGGGAAAAAAUGAAGUUCGCUCAGUUUUUGCUGAAAAACGGCUCCGUAGCUGGGAUACCGAAACAAGUGGAGAGGUUUUCUAAGUUUUCCCCUUCUCCUUUGUCUAUGAAGCAAUUCAUUGACUUUGGCUCAGCCAAUGCAUGUGAGAAGACCUCCUUUGUGUUCCUGCGUCAGGAGCUUCCUGUCAGACUGGCAAAUAUCAUGAAGGAAAUUGAUUUCCUCCCUGACAAGCUCCUCAGCACCCCAUCACUUAAACUCCUCACCAGCUGGUAUUCACAGAGUUUGUUGGAGCUUAUAGAUUUUCUAGAAAAAGAUCCAGAUGAUAAGGAUAUCCUGAAAAACUUUACACAGACUUUGGUGAACGUCCGGAACAGGCACAACAACGUGGUGCCCACCAUGGCUCAGGGCGUGGUGGAGUACAAGGAGGCCUUCGGCGUGGACCCCGUCACCAACCAGAACGUUCAGUACUUCUUGGACCGUUUCUACAUGAGCCGCAUCUCCACACGCAUGCUCAUGAACCAGCACACUUUAAUCUUCAACGGCAGUGUGAACCCAGCCCAUCCCAAACAUAUUGGCAGCAUUGACCCCAGCUGUGACGUUGUGGAGGUAGUAAAAGAUGCAUAUGAGACUUCAAAGAUGCUGUGUGAGCAGUAUUACUUGACCUCUCCUGAUAUGGAGAUUACAGAAGUCAAUUCCAAAAAUCCUGGCCAGCCCCUCCACAUCGUCUAUGUGCCAUCCCAUCUCUACCACAUGCUGUUUGAGCUUUUCAAGAACGCCAUGAGAGCUACAGUAGAGACCCAUGAGACCAGUCCAAUGUUGCCCCUAAUCAAAGUACGAGUUUCACUGGGUACUGAGGACCUCACUAUCAAGAUGUCUGACAGAGGAGGUGGAGUCCCCCUGAGGAAGAUCGAACGUCUCUUCAGCUACAUGUACUCCACGGCUCCCAGUCCCGUCCACGUAGACAACUCUCGCAAUGCACCUCUGGCUGGUUUUGGUUAUGGCCUGCCCAUCUCCCGCCUGUAUGCCAAAUAUUUCCAGGGAGACCUGCAGCUCUACUCCAUGGAGGGCUACGGCACCUCAGCUGUCAUCUACUUAAAGGCCUUGUCCUCAGAGUCAGUGGAGAGACUUCCUGUCUUCAACAAGUCAGCCUUACGGCAUUACCAGUCCAGCACAGAGGCUGAUGACUGGUGCAUGCCCAGCAAGGAUCCGAGGAAACUGGGAAACUACGAGAGGACUCAGUGAUGGACUUAGGGACGAAGUUGAGGACACAAAAUAAUAGUCUGAAUACACGAAUAAAGAAGAAGAAGAGGGUCCAUGCUGGAAGAAGUGGGUAAACUUGUACUGUCAGUGAUAGAAGGCAUCAAAUGCUUUCAACAUGUUGCCAGACCUGGAUUUGCAUAUGUGGAAUCCGGAUUCCUUUCUCAUCCAAGAGAGAGACCUGGAAGGAGAAAAUUGCUCACUGUUGGUGUCAAGAAUCAGAUAAAUGCAGUGAAAUAACUGAGCUCAACUAUUACUGCCAGCCUCCAGGCAAUUUAACCCAACAAAAGCUUACCACACUGAAUUCCUUUUUACGAUGAUUACAGGCUGCUAAUGGGAACAGAACAAGUCAAGUAUUAAUCUCCUUUUAGCCUCACUCAUUACACUCAUUUUUCAGUUGUUUAGUUAAAAUAACGUGGACAUACUGUGAAACAAGCAAGCUAGGUAUUUGUGUUCAUGUCCAUUUUGUUUCUUUUACGUAUCAUUUCACAACCUCAAGACUGACAAAUGUUCUUUGAGGGUAAAGCUAUGUUUUUCUGGUCAGGUCAAAUGUGUAUCAGUGCCUUGAAAAAAAGCCCAGUCACUCAAGUUAAUCAGAAUGGGAACAUGUUCAGUGUCUCCAGCAUAAAGACAAAGGGAGCAAAGUCUGUUCCUCCUCCUGCAUUUCACUUUUAGCUCUAAUACAAGUGGAACAUUUCAGAAAAGUUGUAACAAGUUGUAUCAGUUACGUGUGCUGUGACGUGAUAAAGCCUGAAAUGAUUUUUGCUUCAAUCACUACAAUGUAAACUUCUUUUUUUUUUUUGGCUUGUUCAAU